GGCUGCUAGAAAAAAAUCUGGAUAUAUUUAGAAGUCAGAAAAUGAAAGACAGGUUUUAAGUUUUGGAGAUGAAGUCCUACGUGCUUCUGUUGGCGCUGCUGCAGGCUGUGCGAUGCUCAGGAGUCCCUCUGUAUAACUCUGAGCUGGGGGCCAUGGCAGACAGGGGGCUCACAGCAGCUCUAGCCAGGGUCAACUCUGUGUACGCUGUCAGCCAUCUUUACCGGGCGACUCGAGGCUCCGUCACAAAGGUGAUUCCCAUGCGCCUGAACACCAUAGACCUGCAGAUGGUGUUUGGCAUUAAAGAGACGCAGUGUGUGAAGGCUUCAAGACACGACCCCCAGACAUGUGCCUUCAGACCCGGAUUCUUUGUGCCGACCUUCUCCUGCUCCAGUCGGCUUCGAGUGUCGGCCAACUCCACCCAGGUGGUGUCUCUCAAAUGUGGCCGUGACUCUUCCUCCAGCUCCAGCUCCAGCUCUGAGUCCAGUGAGGAGAUGUUCUCAAGAGGGAGACACCAGUUCAACAUCCCAUUUGCAAAUCAAGUCACAACUCCUCCACCCGUCCUGCCUGCUCGCUCCAUCCAAAAACAGACGGAAGACGACCAGACUCGAGGUGACACGUUCACCAGCUACCUGGUGUGAGACUUCAGCUCACUCUGGAAACUUAGUGCUGAUCAGAAGACAAACUGGAAGUAAAAACUGAAUUUGCACACCGUGA